CAGGCAAAAAAAUCGGGAGAAAUAAUAAUUAUUAUUGAUUAAUUUUAAUCAUUCUGAAGUUGUUUUUUAUCAUAGUUAUUUACUACAAAAGUUGUAGUUUAUUGGAAUAGCUGAAUAUCACAAAGAUUUUGAUCAUGAAACUACAGGAACCGGAAAGUCAGGAAAAAUUGUAUAAAGGACAUUUUUCGUCAAACGAUCGCCAAUCAACUCCUGAUAGUUUUAUCCUGGAAAAUGGAAAUCAAACUAUAAGCAGUGGCUACGAGUCGUCCGAGUGUGGAUCAACAUCAAAUGUGGCAUUGCAAUCGUUGGACAAGAAGAUUGACGUUGAAUGCAAUCACAAUACCGUGUUAACAGAGGAAAAUUUAUCAAGAUUCAUGCAACAAGUCGAUCGCAUGGAUUCAGGGAGUGAUGGACAAUUGAGUGAAUCGUAUUCUAAUUCGUUGAUUGAGAUAAAGAAUCAUAAUUUGCGGAGUAGCAGUGACAGUGAUCGAUUGUCGUUUGGAACUGUAAGCUCGUGUGCUGACUUGACAUAUUCUGAUGAUGAUGAAGGUCUUUCUUCGACAUCUUGUGAACUACCACUAUCUCCUCGUUCGCAUCUCUAUCCGCAUGGCAUAAUAAACCCAAAUUAUCCUGGAUUUCAACACCUGGCUCACACUUUAUCCGAUGAGUAUUCAACGCAUGCAAGUAAUUGUAACCUUUCAGAUUGUGGCAUGUAUCGAAUGACAAGUGACAAAAAUUCGAAUGAGCAAUUAGAUGACGACAACGGUAAUCCAAGUGAAGCUCAUUCAAAUCUCGCUAGUCCAAUUAGUGACACAAUCAUAAGUUCCGCCAAGCAGUUUGACAACUACGACCAUCAAGCGCUUCUGGAACAGUGCAACUUGCAAACGUAUCUGAACCAUUAUCGCAACAAAUCUGACGUGAAGUUGUUUGAGGAGGAAAUGGAAGAAAUGCAUGUGCAGGGAACACCUCCAGAUAUCCUCUUUUUCAAGGGAUACGAGGUGGAAAGUAACACGCCGGGCGACAGUAAGCCAGAUUUGAUACAAAACGUUGUCGACAAGCAAGACGAGCUAAGUGGCGAUAUGAAUGACGAGCGAAAUUCAUUGCCGCCGAACAUCGUAGGGGACUUUGAGAAGGAAAUUGAAAAGGAAAUUGUCGAAAUUGUUUCCGGAUACAAGGAUAUUUUUGGGGAUCGUACCGCAACGCAAGUCCCGCACACAACCACGCCCGUCAAAGACGAGGCACCGCAAAAAAUCAAUCAUUUGUAUCAACAUAUUCAUCAUCCAAUUACUGAAAAAAUUCACGAUGCAAAGUUAUCGAAUGGACGCGAAGUGAUAACACCAAGUUUGGAUGUGAAAUACAUCAAAUUACCAUCGUCGAUAACGUCGUCAUGUCAUGCAAACGAUGAAGUGUUGCGUAAAAACAGCAAGUUUAACAACAAUUACAAUGCAGGUGCACCACCACUUACAACAACAUCUAUGAAAAAUAACCGUUCGACUAAUUUUACGAGUAAUAACAACAAUAAUCAUGAUUACUUGCCCGAACAACAACAACAACAUCAUUACAAUUGCAACUUUUUCAAUGCCAUCUCGAAUAAGAAAAAUCGUAAUUCGUCAUUUUUCAAGACAAAAGAGUGGAACUCGAAGACAGUCACUAAAGAUGAUUGCGGAAUUAUUUCAAUCGAGGCUCCAACAUCGAUGUUUGACUUUUCGGUAAUUGAACAAAAACUGAAUUCAGUCAUGAGAGAAAAUAAAGAUGAAAAGAAACGCAUCAAACAUCAUGAGGAAAUUCGACGUCGCUUACAAAUGGUCGAGGAAAAUGGCACAUUGAAGAGUCUUUUGAACAAAGGAAAAGCAAAUCGACCAAGUUUACAAUCAAGAUUACAAAAUGGUAAAAAUCUCCAAAUCUGUUUCAUGAAUGAAAAUAUCUCUGAUGGUGAAAGUCCCAGUUCUGACAGUGAAUCAUGCCCAAAGCUCUCAAACAAGUCUCGAAAAAUCGAUUAUGAUGACAGGAGCUCAACUACGUCAAUGCCAGCAGACGAAAAUGACUUCUUUACUCAUCAAGCAAAACUUCAAAUUGAAGCUCGCAUGGCAUUAGCACAAGCUAAGGAUAUGGCACAUCUUCAAAUGGAGCUCGAGAAACAAAAGACUUUGUGUCCCGUAACGCAAAUCAUCCAUAACGCUUUGGACAAAGCCUCGAUCAAAAUGCCCGAAGGAAAACGUCGUGUUUCUCGUCAACUUUUAACGGAAUUCACGGUACCCCAGUUGAGGAUUAUCGUGAACGACCUCAAUGGAAACAUCGAGAAACUGAAUGAGCAUUUGGUGCAAAUUCUGAUGGAAAGAGACGAGCUUCACAUGGGUCAAGAUUCCAUGUUGGUUGAUAUUGAAGACCUAACACGUUAUUUAGCUGCUAAAGAGGCAACGCCAGUAUCGAACAGAUCAGAAGAGAAAAUCAAAAGUUUGACUGCAGGAACAGACGCGAAAAUUGAUAAUGGCAAUGGUACAUCCAGCAGAUUUUUCCGUUUAUCUAGCUUUGGCAAGCAUUAAGACUUCUCAGCUUUAAAUUUUUGAACAAAAAAAACUUAUGCAACAUUUUUGACAAUUUACCCUUAUAGAGUUAGAACGUUUAUCCCAUUGUUGCCUCUUGUAAAAUAAAAUCCAUCAUUGAUAAACUUAGAUCAUUACUCAUAAUAUUAUAUAUGAUUCCGUCUAUAACCAAACAAAUGUGUUUAAAAUGUAAUAACGAUUAAACAAAACAAAAAAAAAUCAAUUUGGUGCCAUAUCAUGAGAGAAAGGCGCGAAUUAUUUUCUAUUGAAACAAAAAUUUGAUCAAAAAUAUCAGGAAUAUUUGGUUUGUCGACAAAUAAUUUCUGAUCAACCAAAGAUUAUGAUGACUUAUGACGUCUAUUGUUAUAUAUAAUAUAAUCAUUAAUUAUUAUUAUUACCCCUUAUAUACGAUUUUUAGUCAAAACAAAAUAAACAAUAUUGAAAUAUUAAAGAUCUGAUAUGUGACUCUUAAUGAUAGUAGAAUUUG